CAUGAUCUCGCGCGAUCAAUCUCUCUCUCUCUCUCUCCCUUUCCUUCCUUCCUUCUUUCUUUUCCUCGUCCUCGUUACGAUGUCCGCGAUGUGACGCGAAUAGAAGGCUCGCAAACAGCAGCUCACCGAGCUCUGAACGACUCUGCUACCGAAGCACGUCGCGAGAUCGUUCAGCUGCACGAUCCACCCUCGCGAUCCAUCGACGAUCGCCACGCACCUAUUUAUUAUUUUUCACCAAACGAAAUGGCUAAUCGAGUCCCGCACGGGCAACCGCACACCUUCUAGACGUUCCUCAGUUCUUCGGCAUCGUUGCGUCACUCACUGAGAAACUUUGGUCAGGAUGACGUUGUUCUGCAGCCGCCACGCAACAUGUCCGAGCGAAAGUGAUACGACGUCGCUAAUCGCUGCUGCUCGAAAUGUUUUGUCGGGCGGCCAUAUUGGUGCUCGUCGCUUCGGCUUCGAAGAAUGCGGGAUCUAUAGACGGAAUGCAGGGGCAUGAAAGCACCGUCCAACAUAGUAUCGCAACUCCUCGGACAUGUUUCGAAAUGUUGCUGAAAAUUUACAGCACGCGUUAUGUAAAGUACAAAUUUUCUGUACUUCAGUAGUUUCGGAACGCAUAUCACGUUUCAAAAUCUUGUCACACAAAUUAGGUUAUUCGAAUCAAACGCGCGUCUAUGCCCAGAUGUCUUGUCGAAUAAUCAAUUCAAAAUUAUAUUUCCAUCGUUUGACGCACCAUUUUGUAAUUAUUAUUUGCUUUUACACGCAUAUCGAACAUCAUGAGACCACAGCUCGGGUCAAUGCCAUGGUUAAUUUUAACAUGUAGGUUAAAUUUUCGGUAGUUUCGGAACGCCGAACAUAUGUUCGCGUCUUCGUCUCUGUAGCUGUCAAGCAACCACUGUGUCGCGUCGUAUGUUGCACGAUUACAAUUAAAAACAGGAGAAACGUUCUUACGCUCAAAAAAUAAAGAUGCUUCGCGGGUACGAGGGUGUGAGGUACAUUUCGGAUAAGCAAAUGGUGGUUUUUGAUAUUGGCAGUGCAUACACGAAGUUUGGUUAUGCUGGAGAAACCUCUCCACGUGGUAUUAUCCGCACGGAAGUAAGAUGUCCAGAAUCGAAGAAGGUUCGCAAAAUUAUUGAUCAUACGGACGUCCAGGAUCUGUAUCAACUUCUUGUGGAAUUUCUUCAUCUACUAUUUUUCAAACACGUUGUUAUAAGCCCAAAAGACGCAAGAAUAUUGCUUCUGGAGUCUCCAUUAGCAGUGACGUCAUUCAGAGAUACCCUGACAAGAGUACUGUUCAAGCACUUUGAAGUCGGUUCCAUUUUGUUCCUACCGAGUCAUUUAGCGGCAAUCAGUACUCUCGGUACUGAUACAGCCUUGGUACUGGAUGUUGGAUAUCGAGAAGCAACUUUAAUACCAAUUUUUGAGGGGAUACCUGUGCUUAAAGCUUGGCAAGCUUUACCUUUGGGCGGAGAGAUCAUACACGAAAACUUGAAAAGAUAUUUUAAUGACAUAUCAGACGAUACAGAUCUAUCAGAAAAAGUAUUGGAAGACAUCAAAGUAAGAACAUGUUUCGUAACUACCCUAGAAAGAUCCGCAAAGCUAGGAGCGAAAGACGCGCCUACCCCACCUCCCGAUGUUACUUAUCCUGGUGUUAAAAGAAUUGUCAUACCUGGGGAGAUUAGGGAGAAGGCGUUUGAAGUACUGUGGGAAAGAGAUAAUGAUAAUCUCUCCUUACCAACUAUGAUUCUCGACGCUAUCGUUAAGUGCUCGUUGGAUACAAGGCUAAAGUUAGCCGAGAAUAUAAUUCUCAUUGGAGGAACAACCAUGACAAGAGGCUUUGCGAGUCGUUUGAAAUCAGAAUUGCAGGCCUUAGUUAAAAGCGAUUUGUAUGAAACGAAAUUGAAAGUACGGUCAUUUAAGUUUCAUACAGCACCUAGCAAGCCAAAUUAUACGGCAUGGUUAGGAGGUGCCAUUUUUGGCACUACAGAUUUACCAUUACGGUGUCUAACGAAGGAAGUGUACUUGAAGACGAACCGAGUUCCCGAUUGGUCUAAUCUUAUAGAUAAUCAAAAGGAUGAAACAUCUUACGAGAUAUGAGUAUGCGAGGGAGUACGCUCGACGGUUUAACACAAUUUAAUGUAUAAAAAGCAAAUGGAUAAUUGUAUUUCUUGUGUAUCAUUGUAAGCAAUCGUUAUUAUUUAUAAUACUAUUUUACACAAUUGUAAUUAUAUAUAGUAUAUU